AUGUUAAUUACUUGGGGGGAAAGAAAAAUUAAAGUAGACUCUUUCGAAAAAGCCCAAGAUUUCUAUGAAAGACUGGUAGGCUCUGAAGAGCAGACCAACAAAGACGAAUUAGAACCAGAAUCCCAAGAAGACCAAGAGCAUCAAAAGAAGGGACAGAAGACCCCAGAAAACUUGAAAAACAACCAGCAACAACAAGAAGAAAAAGAAGAAAGCAAGGCACAGUAUCAACCACAAGUAGAACUUGGAGUAACUACAAGACAAAGACUUCCAGAUGCAGCCUUUGGUUACUUGUCCCAAAGCUCCGCGUUGCUUGGGAUCUUUGCUCCGGUCAUGUUUGCCUCGGUCCGCUGCAGCUUGGUGUUGGUCUCCCUUUUCUACUUGAAAGGAUGCGCCCAGAAUUUUGGACAGACUCGAUUUAUCUGCACCUCGGUGCCGGUGGAUAUGGACAUGUGUACCUCUUCUAUGCAGAGCAGCGGUAGCACCGAGGAUAUGAAAACCAUAGUGCUACAGCUCCGGGAAACGGUGCUCCAGCAGAAAGAGACUAUUAUGAAUCAGAAAGAAACCAUAAGGGAACUGACCACGAAACUGGGCAGGUGUGAGAGCCAAAGCACUCUAGAAGCAGGCCCUGGUGAAUCUAAAACGGGUGGGGGCUCCAACAGAAAGCAGACCGGCUCUUCCAAAAACACGAUGGGAGAUCUCUCCCGGACUCCAGCUGCUGAAACACUGAGCCAACUUGGGCAAACUUUGCAGUCGCUCAAAAUAAGGCUAGAAAACUUGGAGCAAUUCAGUAGGAUGAAUUCUUCGAGCCAAACCAAUUCCCUGAAGGAUAUACUUCAGAACAACAUUGAUGAUUUAGAAAAGCAAGUGCUCUCUCGAAUUAACAGCCUGGAAGAAGGAAAGUACAACUCCAAGAAUGAGUCUGAAGAAAGAGGAAAAAUAGAAAGCACUUUAACUUCCCUUCACCAAAGGAUCAGUGACUUAGAGAAAGGUCAGAAAGAUAAUAGGCCAACAGAUAAAUUUCAGCUGACCUUCCCUUUGAGAACCAACUACAUGUACGCAAAAGUGAAGAAAAGCUUGCCAGAGAUGUAUGCAUUUACAAUUUGUAUGUGGAUAAAAUCAAAUGCCUCUCCAGGUGUAGGCACACCCUUCUCUUAUGCAGUACCUGGACAAGCCAAUGAGUUGGUACUUAUUGAAUGGGGUAAUAAUCCUAUGGAGAUUCUUAUCAAUGACAAGGUAGCAAAGCUUCCUUUUGUCAUUAAUGAUGGGAAAUGGCACCAUAUCUGCAUUGCAUGGACAACCCGCGAUGGUGUCUGGGAAGCUUAUCAGGAUGGCACCCAGCGAGGCAAUGGGGAAAACCUGGCCCCUUAUCACCCGAUCAAGCCCCAAGGGGUCCUAGUGUUGGGGCAGGAACAGGAUACACUUGGCGGUGGAUUUGAUGCCACCCAGGCAUUUGUGGGAGAACUGGCCCACUUCAACAUCUGGGACCGAAAGCUCACCCCGGGGGAGGUCUACAACUUGGCUACUUGCAGCACCAAAGCCCUGCCUGGUAGUGUCAUAGCCUGGUCUGAGACUAACAUUGAUAUUUACGGUGGAGCCACCAAAUGGACAUUUGAAGCCUGCCGUCAGAUCAACUAAAUCUGCCAUUCUUUCCCUUUCCCUCUCCCAGAUCCGCUGAACCCCGGGUGAACAGACAUUCUUCUCAUCCAGGAAUGUUUCACAGACAGACAAUUUGCCUUCCUUUUUUUUUUUUCUUUUCUUUUUUCUGUUCUGUCACUUUCGAAAAUCAUA